AUGGCUCCCAACAAUUUCAAGACCGGUGCGCCUGCGGGAGGUGGUGCGCCUCCCCGCUCACCUUCGAGGUGGACGUCUUCGGCCGCGCCGUUACCCCAACGACGGGCAGCAGCAGCGGAGCAGGGCAAGCAGCCGGCGGCUUCUCCUCCCCCCACUCAGCAGCAGGAUGACGGCGAGGAGCCGUCGUACGACAGGUUGGCGGAGCAACAGCAGCAGGAGGGGGAGGUGAUCUGCGAGGUGAAGGACCUCUACUACGCGAUCGAGCUUCCUCCUACCGCCACCGCCGCCGCUCCUCCUCCGGCUCCAGUUGCCCCCGCCCUGCCUCCCGGCAAGAGGCGGCAGACGGGAUACUCCUUCCGCGGCGGCGCCUUGCUGAAGAUUUUCCGGAAGGACAAGGGGGCCGUGGCGCGAGCCUCUGCGCCCGCGGCGACUCGAGUCGAGUCUGCUGCGCCCGUGUCAAGCGUCCUUCGAGAGAAGAAGAAACGGGUGCUGACCCAGGGCGUGAACUGCCGCUUCUGCGCCGGAGACAUGGUGGCCGUCAUCGUGAGUCUUUCGCACGCGUGGCGCUCUGCCGUGGGGGGUCGGUUAGGGCGGCGGCAAGCCGCGUGCAUGAAGACCGCGGCGCAGCAGGCGGGAGCAUCUGGUGCGGGCAAGUCUACCUUCCUGGACCUCCUGGCAGGGAAGAAGAAGGAGGGGGAGUGCGCGGGCCAGAUACUUCUCACGCAAUCCGGCGGCGGCGGAGGCGGGAUCGGCAGGUGGAGGAGAGGCGGCAAGGGCCAGGGGCGGCCGUCGGUCUACGUUACCCAGGACGACUUCCACGUGGCCGAGCUGACCGUGCGAGAGAGCCUCGCUUUCGCGGUUCGCCUGUCUAUGGGCGGAAGGGAAAGAGAUCGGCGGGCUCGUGUGGAGGAGCUCCUCGACGUGCUCGGCCUGAGGGCCUGCGCCGAUGUUAGGGUGGGCAACCCCCUCGAGAGGGGCAUCAGUGGCGGCGAGGCUAGGCGUCUCUCGAUGGGCAUCGGUGUGGCGGCCCUGGAGAGCGUGCGUCUUCUCCUCCUCGAUGAGCCCACGACGGGUCUAGAUUCCUCCUCGGCGGCGGAGGUGAUGCUGCUUGCGAGGAAGCUGGCCUCCCGGCGGGACAGGCGGGUGGUGGUGGCCUCGGUGCACCAGCCGUCCGCAGAGAUGUUCUCGCUGUUCGACAAGGUGCUUGUUAUGGUGGGCGGUCGUCAGGCGUUCUUCGGUUCGGCUUCCAAGGCGGCUGACAUCCUUUCGAGGCCGGAGCUCGGGAUCAUGCCCACUCCGGGGCAGAACUCGGCGGAGUUCAUCCUCCUCGCCGCGAAGGCUGUCCUGCAGUCUUCGCAACAAGAAGGGGGCCGGGCGUCGAGGAGGGGAGCGCGCUCACCCGAACCGUCGUACGCCUCCUCCUCCAUCCACUCUUCGGCGUCCACUUCCCCCCAGGGGCUUAUCGGCGUGGACCCUUCUUCCCUGCUCGGGGUCGGAGAUGGUGGCGGCGGCGGCGGCGGCGGCGGAUCGACGAUGGGCGGGGACUACCUCUACGAGGACGCGGAGAAGGGCUUGUUCAACGAGCCCCCCGGCGGAAAGCCGGCGGCCUACGGGGGCAAGGGCGGCUACGCUGAGGAGGAGGGGGCGGAGGAAGGGAAGGAGGAGGGCACGACGACCCUGGAGCUGCUGCAGCGGCAGCCGUGGGGCAUCGGGGGAUGGUUCGAGGAGUCCUCGCACGCCGUGGGGUUCUGGGCGCAGGUGUCGGCGGUGUGGGGUCGGGGGUGGACGGUGCAGGCCCGCCGGAAGGACACGCUCAAGGCGCUGCUGUUCAAGAACGCCUUCAUCGGGGUGCUGGCCGCUACGGUGUUCUUCCAGAAGGGCGCCGUCGAGAAAGAUGCGCCCUUGGUGGACCCCCUGAUCCAAGACGUUACUCCGGCCGCCUCGAACGUGCUUGGCAUCCUGUACUUCGGUUGCCUCUACGGGCUUACUGGACACCUACAGGCCAUCCCAGAGAUUUUCGAGUGGAAGCGGCACUUCGAGAGAGAGCGGGCGGGAGGGAUGUACUCAACGACUGUGUACUGGCUGGUGAGCUCGACCGUGCACCUGCCAAUCAUCCUGGUGGGCUUUCUGGUGUACCUGAACGUGUGCUACUGGGCCCUCGGCUUGCCCCACGAGUACGCCAAGUUCUUCAUCUUUUCGGGGAUCGGCCUCAUGUCCACGCUCAUGGGCUACUCGCUGGCGCAGACGCUGUCCGCGGCCAUGUCCACUCCUCAGGCACGCACAGCGAACGCGUUCGCGACCUGGCCGCUGGUGUUCGUGACGGCGGCGAACUUCUCUGGCUUCACGGUGCGUCUACCGGCCGUAAGGGUGUGGUUCUCCUGGCUCUGCAACUUCAGCUUUUGCCGCUGGAUCUAUCAGCUGAUGGCGGUGAACCAGUUCCACGACUUCGACGAAGGCCCCAAGCUCCUGGACCUCUACUUCGGCACCGGCCGCCCGACCCUCUUGGUCAACGCCGUUUACGUGGGCCUCGUCUACAGCACCUCCCUCCUGCUCGCCCUCUUCUUCCUCCACCCCCGGCGGUCACGCCUGAAGUUCCUCGAGGAAGCGCCCCUGGAGGACGCGGCGACGGCGGCGGCGGCGCAGCGCCAGGCGGCGGAGGAACGGCGGCGGCGGCAGGAGCAGCAGCAGCAGCAGUCGGGGGACUUCGGGGGGGGAUGGUCCAAUGAAGAGGUUAAGGAGACAGAGGCGGUGAGGAAGGGCUCGGUGGACUCUAGCUUGUUGGAGGCGUACGGCGGCGGCGGGGAUGGGGACGGGCCUCUGUACUACGUGGAAGAAGGCGGCGGCAAGAAACCUACCCAGAGCUUCGCAGCGAUGACGACAAGCGGUGCGGGCGGGAGCCUGCAAAGCUACGACCACAACGACGCGGCGUCCCUCCGCGUCCCCCUGUUGGGAGGGUUCAACGGAGGUUUCCACAGCCUGGAGAACAUGGGAGGCGUAUACGAGGCAGGGGUCUGCGAGGGCUCCCGAGUGGCAUUCUCGAACCUGAACUACCAUGUCUACCUUCGAGACGAGGAUGGCACCACCGGCGCCACGACCACCACCACCGCUAGUGCCGGCAGCGGUCGCAGUCGCGUGGGCGGCCGCGGCGCUGGCGCCGGCGGUGUUAACGCCGCCGCCGGUGCUGCCGCCGGUCGUGGUGACGUCGUAAAGCCCGCCGUUGUCAGGCGGGACGAGAGCAAGAGGGAGCAGCAGAUCUUGAGAGGCGUUUGCGGCGUCGUGGCUCCGGGACAGAUGAUGGCGAUCAUGGGUCCCUCGGGCUCGGGAAAAACGACCCUGCUCGACUUGCUCGGCGGCCGCAAGACUCGGUCUGUCGGGCGGCAGGAGGGCGACAUCGUCGUGGACGGUGUUUUCGGGCGGGAGGGCGGGGUCGUGAGCAGGGGCUCCGGCGUCGGCGGCAGCGCUUACGUGAUGCAGGACAACGUGCACCACGCCUCGCUGACGGUCCGCCAGACGCUGCAGUUCGCCGCAAAGCUUCGCAUGUCGAACACUGUCACCGCGGAGGACAGGGAGAAGAGGGUCGCCGCCAUGGUCACCAUGCUGGGGCUUGAAGGCGUUUUGGAGACCACGGUCGGGGACGAGUCCAACCGCGGCAUCAGCGGCGGCGAGGCGAAGAGGCUGAGCGUCGCCGUGGAGGCGAUAGACCUGCCGGGGCUGCUGCUGCUCGACGAACCGACCUCAGGCUUGGACGCCACGACCGCGCUGGAAGUCCUGACGGCCGUCCGCGGCCUGGCGGACCUUGGCCGCACGGUGAUCCUAAGCCUCCACCAGCCCUCCGGGGAGAUGUUCGAGCUGCUCGACGUCUGCUUGUUGCUCGCGAGGGGCGGCUAUCCGGCCUACUUCGGCCGGGCGAACCGGGCGAUGGCCUACUUCGCAUCGGUCGGGCUCACCCCGCCGCCUUCCUCCGCGAGCGUGACCGACCAGAACCCGGCGGACUUCCUCCUCUCCCUGCUGGCCCAGUCGUCGCCCUCCUCGAACAACGGCACGUUGACGGCGACGGCAAGCGACGACGGCGACCAGCACGACCGGGGCUCCUCGCUACCGACCUCAUCCUCGUCAUCUCCGUCCCGUUUCAGCGCGGGCGUUGACAUCGCCCCGACCAUGGCGGCGGCGGCGGCGGCCGCGGAGGCGGCGACGGAGGCGUCGUCGAGCACGGUCGGCGGCGGCGGACUCUCCCCGUUGCUGGACGUGGACCUCGGCAUCGGGCACGUUGGGGUGGAGGUCGGGCAAGGCCUGUCGACGCCUUCGCGCCGCGGCGGCGGCUUCUCCGGGAUCGGCGGCGGCGACGACGACGCGGGAUGCGGCGGCGGCGGCGGCGGCGGCUACAACGGUCGGCGCCCGGUUACGCCGGCGGAGCUCGGCCGCGCGUUCCUGCAGUCGUCCCUGUCCGUCGGGAUCAGGCAGGAGGCCGAGAGGGAGGCCGCGGAGGCCGGCGUGAGGAGGCGCGACGCGGAGCGGAUGGGCCUGACGGUUGACGGAGCGGAGGAGGCCGGGAGGGGGUGGAGAUCGAUGCUGUGGCUGUCCGCUGUGCUCACGCACCGGGAGCUGGUCACAACGUGGCAAGACAAGGCCCGCAUCUUCCAAUCGCUCGGGAGGCAUGCGUUCGUGGGGGCCUUCUACGGUGCCCUGUGGUGGAGGUUGGGGGUUGGACGGGUGUACGAGAGGGUGGGGGUGAUAUUCUUCUCGCUGGUGUUCGUCAUGCUCGGGAACCAGCAGAAUAUUCCGAGAAUCUUCCAGGACCGGCUGCUGUUCUACCGGGAGAAGGGGGCCGGGGUGUACGGGGCGGUGGAGUACUGGUGGUCCAUCGUCAUCGCCCAGAUCCCGCUUGCGGUGCUGACGACGGCAACGUACGGGGGCUUCGUGUACUUCAUGUCUGGGCUGAACCACAACGGUUGGGAACCAUUCGGAUACUUCUUGCUUGUCAUCGUCCUCUGCAACCUGGUGGCCCUCUCCUUCUGCCAGAUGCUGGCGGCCGCCACCCGCUUGCAGGAUACGGCGGUGUCCCUGUUCCCGGUGUUUCUGUUUUUCUUCAUUGCAUUCGGCGGCAUGAUCGUCCGCCUACCGACCUUGCCCUCCUACCUGCACGCUUGGGCGCCCACGAUCAGCUUCGUCCGCUGGGCGAUGGAGGGCUUGGUCAUCAACGAGUUCGAGGGCAACGAGGACUAUAUCUUCCCCGCCCCCGAAGGCGUGCCUAUCACGCCGGAGCAGAUCUACGAGUCGUUCCUGGAGGCCUACGGCUUCGGGCAGAGAGGGAACCACAGCGAUGUGCUGGGCCAGGUUUUGUGGAUCCUGGUGGCAAGCCUGGUGAUGUUCCGGCUGCUAACUUUGAUCGGCCUCAAAUAUAUUUCUUUCGAGCGGCGCUGAUAUGUGGGAAAUUCUAUGGAAGGCCGGGUGGAGGGUAUGCCCUACGGAAGACCGUGGUCGGCCUCCAGUACACCACCUUCCAGGCGCUGAUUAUGGAAAUUCCAUCGAUACAUGCCAUGAGAGACCGGAGGGUGGUAUGUACCAUGGGAGACAGGGAGGGUCAUCGAAUGAGGUUGUGGUUCCUCGCAUUUUUGCGCAUGUGUGUCUCUGUACCGCUACGAUGAUGAUGAUGAUGAUGAUGAUGAAGAUGAUGAUGACCCUGCAGCAGUAGUUGUGAUUUGUUUCGCUCGAUCGUUUCGUUGCUUGUGCCUACCUGGGCCCCUUUGCAGCGGGGGGUGAUGUGAUGUGUGCCAUCGAUGUAGCAGGCGGUGAGGCAGAGCAGCGAGAGGUAGCGCUGACCCGUCAACCCUGAGUCGGUGUCUUGGUAGGGCUCCGGUGUGGAGGCGGGCCCCCCGGGGG